GCAGGGAGAUUUGGGCUGGGGAGGUCCUGGUGUGUCGAGAAUUGCAGGACUGGCCUGCAGGUGCAGCCUCUGGUUUGUGUCUUUGUAGCUGAGUGGUUACCAACAUGAAAUUUGGAUUCAGGCUGACCUGUGUCCUAUGUUACACCUGGCUUUGCACCUACUAGCUGUGUAACUUGGGGCAAAUCUGGGAGCCUUGGUUACCUCAGUAGAACAUGGGAGUGAUAAUAGCCAACCCCUUAAGGUUUGUUGAAGAUCCAGUGAGGUGACAUGUAAAGGACUUAGUAUAGCCAAGCCUGUAGGUGACUGAGGAUGAUUUAAACCCCAGGCUGCCUCUACCCUGCUCUCAGUUUGCAUUGAGCUUCACUGUCCUGCUUUGUGUUUGUUGAUGUAUUGCAGGCUCAUUUCAGGGGUCAGUGAGGGCCCGUGGAAAGAGGUGGGCACUAGAAGUUAGAUAUAGAUUCAGAUGGUGUGUCUGUCAGUAAAAGCUGUGUGACUAUGGACAACCCCACUCAGUCUUACCCUGCUUCAGUUUCUUCUUGUGUAAUAUUGAGGUAGCAGUAUACUCCUAAAUCAGAAUUAAGCCAAAGCUGCAGAUAGAUUAAAAUGAAAUAAUCUCUCUACUGUCAUUCCCCUUGUUAAUGACAAGACUUGAGGGCAGGUUUCCAGGAUGGUGUGUGGGACACCCCCCACUGGGACUGUGGGGCUUUUCCUUAAUAAUUUCAUGACAGGAGGAUUUGUGACAUUUAGUUGUUUUGUUUUGUUUUGUGUGAGACUUAGUUUUAAUUCAUGGAAAUGGUAUUUUGGAACUUCAGGAGGAAAAAGAAUCACAUUCUUUCAGGAAAAUGAAUUGGGAAGAAGUUGAUUCUGACUUAAGAAUGAAAUUUGGAAUGUUUAAAAAUAAAUGGAGUUUCAGACAUUAAAUACCACACAGUAUAUUUAGGGCAUUAAUAACAAAUGUAAUGGGAUAAAAAGAAUGACAUUUUAAAACUUUUUAAAGAACAUAGAUCCAUAUUAAAUAAUUUUACAUAAUUUAAUACAAAUAAAAGAUCUAUUACAUUAGAAUUAAUUGCUGAGCACCUUAUAAAGUAGACACACAUUGUGAUAUGUGAUGAUUUAGAGUUUGUAAACCCUUGAUUUUAAAACAGACACUGAUUUUAGACAGAAUACACCUUAGUCAUAAGAGUUUACUUUCCCACUAAUACUGAAGGGUAAAAAAUUAGUUUGAAGUUUUUUAUUCAGCAAAGCAUCACAUACCAUGUUCCUGAUACGUCAGAGAUUUGGUCUUUGUGAAAUCUAAUUAAUGAUGUCAGAAUGUAGAUGAACAGCGUUUGGGCUGGAAAUCACGUGUGGGACUGCUAGCCGACCCUUGUGCCUGCUUUUCUGUUGUGAGUGGGAGGAAGAUGAUUUUUUUAUUCUUUUCAUUGUUGCCCCAUUCACAUAUCCUCCAAUAUUAAAACACGAAGGUGAGCAUGUAGGUCUUUUUUUUCCCCCGUCUGUCUUUACCCCAGAUGUAUUUGAAUGAUCUGCUUUGAGAUGACAGAGACUUGUCCAUCUGGCUAGUUUGUAUAGUUCUUUGCAUGCUGUCAUACUUUUAGGAUAGUUUAUCAAAUGAAACACCAGUUAAAACCCUUUACUAUUUAAUAAUUCACUUCGACUUAGGUUCAGCACAUCCUUUCUAUGUUUGUAAUGCUUCUCUCUCUUUUUUAAAGUUAAAGCAGCACUUUAUUCUUUUAAUUUAUUUUUUCUCAGAUUUAUUUUAUUCAUUGAUGCAGACCCUGCACUGUUUUAGUGUUUCUCUCUUAGAACAAAUAGAAACCUUAAUACACAUAUUCUCCUGAUUCUCCAAAUCCCUCUUUGCAAUAGUAGUUAAGUGUGAAUCUUAAGAAAUUGUGUUUCCUACACAGUGGUCUAUAUGGGUGUUUAUUAACCCUUGCUCUUUGGAGGGCACUUGUAAGCUUAAAAAAAAAAAGAAAGAUAGAAGUGGUUCCUACCUCAAACUGUGUAGGGCAAGAGCAUCUGUAUGUCUCAAGAAGUCCCCAGGCGAGUCUGAUGUGCAGCCUGGAUUGAGAACCUGGUCUGUAUCCUUAAUGAUAGAAACAGCCAAAAUCUGUAGUUCACUUAGGCUUUCUCCCUAAAUAUGUUCUCAUUUAAACCUCAGAGAAACAGUGAGAAACGGCAGUUAUUAGCUCCAUUUUAGAGAUGAGGAUACAGAAAUGCAUAGAAAAGUAACUUUCUCAGAGUUACCUACCUGGUUAAUGGUGGAACCAGAAGCCAAGUCCUGUGGCGUUGGAUCUCAAUUAUACAACCUGUUCUUUUACUAAAGGGCCUGAGUACAAUUAAUAUUAGUUGAGUCCUUUUAAGAUUAGGUAGAGCCAUACAAAUGACUACUUUAUGGAAGUAUCUGUCUUCAUUUACCGUAUCCUUUAUCCAGUUGCCCUUCCUCUAGAAACUUUUUCCUCCACCUACGGGUUCCUGGUCCUCCUACCUAUUCAUGUUAUCCUUUCUCUGUCCUUCACUUACUUAGCUUCCUUCCUCUCAUCCCUUAAUUGUGAAUGUUCCCUAAAGCUUGUCCUCUUCCCCCUUUAUUCUCUCUCAGAGCUCCUUUCCUCUAGCACCAGUUUUCUACUUCAUGCUGUUGACUCUGUCCACACAAACUGCAGUGUCUCUAUAUUCAGCUGUCUAUCAGAUAGUUCUACUUUGGGUGCCCCAGAGUCACUUCAACUCAACACAUGCUUAGCUCUCAGCUUCGUUUUGUGAUUUGUUCCCAGGGGUCUCAUCCAGUAGCCUACAAACAACUCCGUUGCUCAAAUCUUUUUCAUCCUUCUGGCUUUACUAUCUGCCUGACAUAGAGAAAGGGUGCUGAGGAAAUGGUUACAAAUGAAUGAGUGACUAUUCAUCCCCAACUUCUCCAUAGCUGUUAGUGUAAGGCACACAUAGGCAUAGCCCCUUAAGUCAUCUUCGACAUGUACUUUUAAAAUUUUAAAUUCCCCCCAGCCCCAAUCACCGAGACCUGCUUUUCUUUCAAAAAAUACUGCCCAGCUCAAGAUCCAUUGCCCAUAAAAUGUCAACAAACAUUGAACACAUGUUUUUUAGGCAACUAAAAACUGCUGUCUAGGAGUUUAAAAUCUGAUGGGAGAGCCAAGCACAUGCAUAAAUAAUAAAAAGCAGAGCUUACACUUAUUUAGCACUUACUUUGUGCCAGGUGCUUUUCUGGAAUGCCUGAAAAAUCCAUUAACUUAUUAAAUCCCCUAACAAUCCUCUGAAGUAGGCAGUAUUUUAACUGUUUUACGUUACCUGGCUUUGAAGCCAGGAUUCAAAUCCAUGUUUCCGGACUCUAGAGCUUGUGCUUUUAACCGUUAUGUUAAGAGCUUUGUGGAAUAUUCUAGUCACCGCUGAUCUUCCUACACAGACCUCCUUACUAUCUGAUGUGGACUGCCCUUCACAAUCAUUCUUAAUUAUGCACUAUAGUAGUUUUCAAACCAAUUCUUUUUUUUUUUUCUUUUCAAACCAGUUCUUUUAAUAGAAAAAAAUUCUAAAGGACCGUGGAUCCUCUAUUGUUGGUUUAAAUUAUUUUUAUUUAAAGUGUUCAAAAUACAACUAGGAAGACAUUCUUUAUGCUUGUAGUUGUUAUACAACUUUAAUACAAUAACAAAUGUACAAGUGAAACAAAAAAGGUAACAUUUGAAGAACAUUUAAUUGAAUGUUAUGGAUGAUAAUGUUUUGCUGAAAUUAGAUUGCUGCUUGCAGUGUGAGUGUGGUAUUGUCUGCUUCAACAUGUGCUCUUAGGAAUUCAGCAUGUCUUACUGUCUGUUGUAUGAGAAUUCAAUUUUCUCACCACUUUUUUUCUCACAGAACCACAGGGAAAUAUUUAUUUGUCAUGAAACUGUGACAUAAUUUGGCCCCCCUUUUUGUCUCCAAAGGAUCAUUUACUUAUAAUGUUAUCUCUUGUCCUUUUUCAUUAUCCCCUCCAAAUGCAGUAUUACCAGUGGCUCCAAUGUGACAGUAAGCACCCAAACACACAGUAAACACAGCUGCAAAUGUGGUGACAGAAAUUGUUCUUGGUGAUAAGAUGAUCCAGAACAUCCACAUCGCAGGAAAAAGGAAGAAAAACUGGACUGGAUGUACCAGGGUCCUGGUGGGAUGGUAAACCGUGAUGAGUACCUGUUGGGGCGUCCCAUUGACAAAUAUGUUUUUGAGAAGAUGGAGGAGAAGGAUGCAGGCUGUUCUUCUGAGACAGGACUUCUCCCAGGCUCUAUCUUUGCCCCUUCAGGUGCCAAUUCCCUUCUUGACAUGGCCAGCAAAAUCCGGGAGGACCCACUCUUCAUCAUUAGGAAGAAAGAGGAGGAGAAAAAAAGAGAGGUGUUGAAUAAUCCUGUGAAAAUGAAGAAAAUCAAAGAAUUGUUGCAAAUGAGUCUGGAAAAAAAGGAGAAGAAGAAAAAGAAGGAGAAGAAAAAGAAGCACAAGAAGCACAAGCACCGAAGCUCGAGCACUGAGCGUUCCAGCAGUGAGGAUGAGCGUAGCCGGGGGAGAUCUCAAAAAAGGGUGGCGAAUUCUUCUGCUUUGUCGCGAGUCCCUGGAUAUGGCUUACAGGUCAGGGACUCUGACCAUAGCAAAGGACGGCAUGGUCCUCUGAUGGCCGAACAGAAGGGAGUGCAAAGGUUGAAGAACCGUUCCAGGUCCAGAAGCUCCUCUCACUCACCCCCCAGACAUACCAGCAAGAAAAGUACCAGGGAAGCAGGGUCCCGGGACAGGAGGUCUCGGUCCCCUGGCAGAAGAUCACGGUCCCCAAGGCCCAGCAGACCGCACAACUCCAAGUUAAACAAGGGAGAGAGAGGACAAACUAAGAGCCCAUCACCUAAAAAAGAGGUCUACCAAAGGCGACAUGCUCCUGGAUACACCAGAAAACUCACAGCAGAGGAACUAGACCGAAAACGUCAAGAGAUGAUGGAAAACGCCAAGUGGCGGGAGGAAGAGAGGUUGAACAUCCUCAAGAGGCAUGCUAAAGAUGACGAGUGGGAGCAGAGACUGGAGCGGCUAGACUCCCGGGAUGGGAAGUUUAUCCACCGCAUGAAACUAGAAAGUGCAUCUACUUCCUCCCUGGAGGAUCGGGUAAAGAGGAAUAUCUACUCUCUACAGAGAACCUCAGUAGCUCUGGAGAAGAACUUUAUGAAAAGAUGAAUGUCAUCCUCUGUCUUGCUGGUUUUCCUGAGUUUUCCAGGGAGGCUGCUGACACCUUAAAAAUUCUCUUUAUAAGAGUUCAAAUGACUUCUUUCAAAGAUGUCAAACCACCACUGUUCAAAGUGACCCUCCUCCAUCAAUUUCUGAAACAGUUUACUCCCUUUGAGAACCAGUGUGACUUGCCUUGCUGGGUGCAGAGGGGGUUUUUAUCAAGUUUUUUAAUGGGUGAGCACUAGACCAUCUUGGUGUUCAUACUUGUCCUGCUUAGGAAGGCUACUCCCUGUGGUCUUGAUACUUAGCAUGCCCCUUCCCUCCCAGCCAUGUGUGUAGAUGCAUUCCAUGGUCUUGUUGUAGACUGGACCUUUCAGAAACCUCUCCAGAGUCACUCAGAUGGCUUGAGCUUACUGGGGUGGAUGAAUAUGUCCCUGAUUUAGUAAAUAAUGUGAGAGACUGAUGUCAAGUUAAUAAAGAGCCAAGAGAGUGAAAAAGAAUCUGAAAGGAAUAAUAAUACAAAAAACCCUAAAUGAUCUUAACUAUUUAGUCUUUUGAACUGUAAACGUAGUGUGUAUAUGUACAAAAGAAUAAUUUUUACAUGCUUUUUUAAAAAAUUAGCAUUGUAAAAAUAUCUUGUUUGAAAUGACUUUACUAUGUUCUGGAACCUCAUUGAACCUUGUUAGCAAGCAAUACAGUAAGGCAGGUCAACUCUUUUUUUUUCUCUCUGAACCUGGCUGGCUUUGGAAGAGCCCAGGUUUAUCUGUAGGAUCUGUCUUAAACUUUGCCAUGCGGUCAAUGCAGUGGUGAAAUCAAAUGAUUUUAGGAGUCAGGACCAAAUUGCCAAUGUGUUUCCUGGCUCUUAAAGUAAAAUAGAAGCUGUUUAUUUCAUGGCUUCCCUUUUAUCAUGUAGUAACCUUAUUACAAUUCUAGCUUUUCAGCAGUUUGCUACUAUUUUUUAGUCAGGUAUUAAAAACAACAAAAGACCUUAAGGGACCAAUUUCCUGUCUUUACUCUUUUCCCCUGCUGUCUUCUUACACCAGAAGCUGUUAUUUGUCUGUGAACUACCAGCCACUCACUCUUGACCCACCCAUUAGCUGGACUAUUUGCUUAUUCUGCCAAUAACUAGUUCUUAAAAAGUAUCUGGAUUCCUAUUUUUGCACACUUACACCAAACCAGAUAAAUCUUAAAACCCUGUCUUUCCCCAGAGAGAAUGUAACAUUUGCUUGUUGUUCAUUUAAUUACCUCACCCUGCUUCUCUAUACUAGGGUUACUUACAUUUUCCCUUUUACUACUUGGUAAUAAAGGCUACAUUUAAAGAGCGA